ACGUUCAUCCUCUAGCCACUGUACCCUGCGCUCCGUGAACGCGCACGGAGAACCGAAGCGCGCUCACGCUCGCUCGCUCGCCGGUCUCGCGCUCCAGACCUGACACACAAGAAUAUACCAUCCUCAAAAUAAUCAUAUAAUAAUAACAAUAAUAACAUUAAUAACAACAACAAUAAUAAUAACAACGUCACCAUGAUGUCAUUGGAUCUGAACCUGCACGUGCUGACGAAGGAGCUGUCGGUGUAUCUGGAGAACCAGGUUCGGGUCGGUGGAUUCCUCGGCUCCGGGGUCGGACUGGCGCUCGCGCUCGGCUUCGGUGCCGCCUACGCCUGCUACUACUGGACAUCUGUAGCCAAGAAACCAACUCUUGUAUCAGGAGGGAAGAAGUUCUAUGAGUUUCUGAAGGAGAAUUGCCCCGUGGUGACCGAGACGUACUACCCUCCUUUCUGGUGCUGGGAGAGUCGGGUACAAACUCUCCUCCGUCCGUUUGUCACCGCCAAGCCCUGGGUCUUCUACAGGAAUGAACUCAUCAGAGCACCAGAUGGAGGUCAGAUAUCUCUGGACUGGUUUGAUAAUGAAGACAGCCUCUCUCACCCCGACUCCUCCACUCGUCCCACCGUCCUGCUUUUGCCCGGUCUGACCGGAACCAGCCGCGAGUCCUACAUCCUGCACAUGAUCCAGCAGAGCCGAGAGCUCGGAUACAGAUGUGUGGUGUUUAACAACCGAGGCGUCUCUGGUGAAAAGCUGCUGACUCCUCGGACGUACUGUGCAGCGAACACAGAGGAUCUGGAGAUGGUGAUUGAACAUGUCAGUAAGACUUAUCCAUCGUCUCCCAUCACUGCUGCUGGAGUCUCCAUGGGGGGGAUGAUGCUGGCGAACUAUCUGGGUCGUAAAGGUCACGCUACGUGCCUGAGAGGCGUCGUGGUGUUCUCGGCCGGCUGGGACGUGUUUGAGUGCACUGCUUCACUGGAAAAACCUCUCGACCGCUUUCUUUUCAACUCUUACCUCACCAGCUGCCUUCAGGCCUCCGUACACCGACACAGGCCGGUUCUCGAAAGGAACUAUGAUAUAGACCAUGUGAUGAAGGCCAAAACCAUCCGCGAGUUCGACGAGCGUUUCACCUCGAAAAUGUUCGGCUACCCGACAAACGACGAUUACUACCUAGAUGCGAGCCCCAUCCACAAGCUGAAGUCCGUGCAGGUCCCCAUGUUGUGUCUGAACGCAGCGGAUGACGUUUUUUCGCCAAAUCAUGCCAUCCCUGUCGAGGCGGUGAAGCAAAACCCCAAUCUAGCACUCAUUAUCACAUGCCACGGCGGCCAUAUUGGAUUUUUGGAGGGCUUCUGGCCACGACGCAGCACCUACAUGGACCGAGUUUUCCAGCAGUUUGUUAAAGCGAUUGUUGAAAAAGGCAGUGUGCUAAUGGACCUAGGGAGCUAGAGACCACCUGCUCGCCAACAGCGCCCCCUACACCCAGGAGCAAAAACAACAACUACAGGAUCAAUACUUUCCGAUCGAGACCUUGGCUCAUGGCUUCUGAUCGCUCGGCCUGUUCAUCCAUCCUUCACUAUUUAUGUAGUUUAGAUAUAAAUAGAUCUGUGGCCCUGUGUGUGUGUGUGUGUGUGUGUGUGUGUGUGUGUGUGUGUGUGUGUGUGUGUGUGUGUCAACUCUUAAUUCAGUUUGAGAGAACAUUGCGUUUUCAUUAUACUGUGUAUAUUUUAAGUGCGCUCUUUUGACCAAUGGAUCAACUGGAAAUGAAAUCUGCUAUUCCUGUAAUCGUCCACUCGGCUUCCGCGUUGUUUUCUUCAAACCGCAAGCAGAACAUUUCUCACUUCCUGGUUCUGAUUUCUCCUGUAACGCGGAAUGCAGAACAUGUCAAACAACACCUCAACGCCAAUCGGGGAUAAACAACGUAAAAACCUUAAAAACGUCCUAAUCCUGGAUGCUUCAUAAAUGCGGUCUCUCUGGUGAUUAAUUAGUGAACAAACAAACAAAUAAUUACUUCACAAUUCACUUCAAUUCAUUGGUUAUAUUAUAUUCAUAAUAUUCUAAAUAAAACACUCAAAUGGCUCCAUGAUAUUUAUAGUUUAAAUAUGUAAACAAGGUAAAUAUGCACAUAAUAUUAAUCAUUUCUUCUUUAAUUAAAUUCUAAUCAAAUUCCGAAUUUUAUUUGUCAAUUAAUCAUUUAUUUAAAAAUCAAUUUCUAAAAUGAUACAUUUAUUUUUGAAACAUGAAAAUAAAAUCAAGAAAAAUGUAAUUAAAUUGUACAAUGAAAUAGAUUGUAUGAUCCUAUAAAAUUGUGAAAAAUUAAAAAUAAGUAUAAAAAAAGGACUGGGAUUAUUACAAAAUAAUAAAGAAAUAAAAUUGGCAUGAUGUAUAACCAUAUACAUUUUCUGCGUAAAUAGUUUUCCAUUCAAAAUCCUUUGAAUCCAGUGAUAGAAUGAUUGAUUUUAUUUACUUUUUCAUGACUGCAGCUUUACUGGAGCAGAAAUCCCUAAGAGUUCCAUCCGUGGAACCGCUGAACCUCGAUCUUAAGAACAUUCUGAGGAAAAUAUCUAGAAAUGUGACACUUUGUCAUUUAUUAUUUACUGCAUAAAACCUCCCUCUCAACACUUACACCUUACAAACUUGGUCCAGGAGAUUAGUUUCUAAAUAAAGCUGGUCCAUGGCGUACAAAACAUUGGAGACCCCUGUUCUAGAACAUCUGAGAUGUUUUGGAUUAUUGGUUCUGAAUAUAUUCCUUUUGAGAAAACUAGUUUAAUACACCUAACCACAGAUUGGUAUGAGCUUCUUUUUGAACAUCCCAUUCCACAUUGAGUCCCCCAUUUGCUGUUAUAAUAAGUUUUACUCUUCUUGGAAGAUGUUUCACCAGAUUUAGUGGAGAUUCAUUCAGCCACAAGGUAUUGACACCCAGUUACUCGAUAGGGUUGGAGCUCUAUAGCAAGAGUUCUUCCACUCUAAAACAAUGGAAAGCAGAUCUUCAUGGAGCUUGAUUUGUGUGUCUCCUAGUUCAAGCGUAGGGAAACUUUGGUAGCAUAUUCCAAAGGUGUCGUGAACAAUUGUGUAGUGAAGAUACUCAUACGGCUGGAACGGUCGGGUUUCUCAGUACUUUUCGAAAUACAGUGUAUAGUGUUAGACCAGAAAAGGAGGAAUUCGACUGCUGAAUUGUUCCUGCUGAAGUGUCUCGCCUUUAACACGCUUGUCUGCUUGUCCCAUUACUGUCUCAAAUGAAAUUAGCCACCAUUCCUCCAUCUCGCCGUCUCCUGUCCUUUCUUUAAUUCGAUCCUCAGUGUAGUUGUGAGGUGAUUAGGGUUUAGAUACCUACCUGGUCUCAGUGACUAAUAAAACCAGACACACACAUGGAUCAGGUGCACGUUGUCGGGAACAGUCCCUCACAGCAGUCCUGAUGAUACGCUAAACCAGGCGACUGAUACGAUUGUUUUUUAGAAUCCAAAACAAAAAACUAGAUAUAAAAAUAAGAAUUCAACAACUUUUUGCCAAAAGAUCGCGAUCACUGAACACCUUUUUGUGAAACAGACUAGCCAAUGUGUUACAAACGGGAUUACUAAGGCUACUACUUAUUCUUAUUAAUUAGCAUUAAAUAUAGCUAGCUGGCUAGCAUUGCACUAAAAGUUUGUCAUCGGACAUGAAUAUGUAGCUAAUUUGCUGCCUUGCUAGUUUACGUUACCUUAAAAGCUGAAAAUAUCUAAUUAAAUCAAAUCCGGAUUGGGGGUUUGAUGUGAACGCUUUCAUUAUACCGUAUGUUUUGACACAAAGGAUUAAUUUCCUGUUUAGUGUUUUAUCCCUCGAAGUCGAACGUACGUGUCGCGCAGUGAAAAGAAAACAGAACCGAUCUGAUUUGAGAUUUUUGAGUGUGAACGUAACGUUUGUGCGUUUUCAUUGUAACUGAAGUAAAUGUUUCCAGUUUUUCCCUUUGAGAAAUUUACAGUCGACCCUGAAGAUCUCAACUUUAAACGUUCACGCCAUCCUUCACGGAGAGAGAGAGAGAGAGAGCGAUCUGAAAUCAGCUCCAGAGACGCUCAGGGUUAUUAGAUCUCCGAGCGAUUUGUCAGUGUGGAUCGUUUCCCUGCUCUUUAAACCAGUUAUUUCUGUUUCGUCGCCUGCACGUCUUCGCUUCAUCACUUCGUUUCUUCUGUAGUUCAGAUCACAGGAUCUGAAUUCUCUCGAAUGAAACUGAAUCCGCAGCUCCAGAUCACUUCAGAUCACAGGAACCUUCUCAGGUCUGGUAGAUGGAUUCACCUUUUUCCUGUUUUUCUUCAUUUCCUUUAGUAUUCUUCUCAAUCUCUUCUCCUUUUUCUCUUCUACCUUUUUAACUGAUCCAGUGUCCUCGCCAUUACUUCCAUGUCUCUUAUUUUCAAUGGGUCCUAGUUUUCUCCUCAGUUUUUCUCGAUUUUCUCCUGUCUGGACUUCCUGACUUCUACUUAUAUUACACCACAUAUUUUUUAUAUAUAUAUUUUUUUCUCAUCUCUUUCUUCCAGCAGCAUUUCUCAUUUCAUCUUCUCCAUCUCUCUUCUCAGUCUCGUUUCCACUUCUGUUCUCCAUCUAAUUUUUAUUUCAUCUCCAGCUUUUCUACAAUUUAUCUUUGGUUCUCCAUUUCUUGGCCAUUUCUUCUUUGUUUCCUCUCCACUUCUUUUCCAUUUCAUUUCUCCUUUUCAUCUCCAUCUCAUCUACAUUUAUCUUAAUUUCUUCUCCACUUCUUCUCUAUUCACUCUUUAUUUAAUCUCCAUCUCUUCUCCAUUUACUUUUUUCUUCCUCAACAUUAAUUUUUAAUCUUCAUCUCUUUUCCAUUUCAUUUGAUCUCAAUUUCUUCUCCGUCUCAUCUCAAUCCCUUUUCCAUGUCUCUGCAGCUUCUCAGCCCUCAGGGACGAAUAAAAAACCAACAUAAAAACCACAGAUCGUUUCUGUUUGCUCUGCAUGCACUUCUCCUCGUAAACUCUCUUAAAAAAAAAAGAAAAAUGUACAGUUAUAGUAGAAGUAAAAAAAAAAAGAAAAUAGCCAUGGAUGAACUCUUUCAUCGGUCGGUUUCUACCUCGAAAUGGUUUUAAAGCAGAAUUCAGUCACGUAUCAGUUGCUCAGUUCAUCAUUUACACCGAACUGCACUGAUGGCCGUGAUUUCACUGUAGAGAAAAAAAACAAGAUGGCGGCAUUUUUCUAGCUAGUAUGAUGCUAACCGCAAAUUAUCUGCUUUUGAAGAAAAAGAAAAAAAACACUGUAAAGACAUUUUAUAUCUCGCACAAUUGGAGUACGCAGCAAUCGUGAUGAACGUGAGAACGAAAAAAGGUUUAACAUCACUUACUUACUGUUUCUGACUGAACGUGUUGCGCUAAUCUUUUCCGUUAUGAAACGUGAUGUUCAGUUUUACUUUUACUACUGUUACAUAGCAACCAUUCUGACUGACUCAGUCACAACCUUAGGACAAAUGUAUAUGGACACCUGACUAUAAGAUUUAGCUUCUUCUGUGAACACUCCAUUCUGCAUCAUUCCUGUUAUAAGUACUUCCACUCUUCUGGGAAGAUGUUCCAUUAGAUAUUGUGGAGAUUUGAAGCUCAUUUAGGUACAAGGGUGUUAAAAGUCAGGUACCAAUGGAGGUGAGAUAAAGUGAGGAGGCUUCUAGGGUGUAUACAGCAUUUAUAUUUAGUUAUUCAAUAGGGUUGGAGCUCUAUAGCAGGAGAUCUUCAAACCCAUGGAAAGCAGAUCUUCAUGUAGCUUGAUUUUUGUGUAAGAUUUUAUCCAAGGACAAUUGUGUACCUCUAACUUUAGGAAAAGACCAGUUAUGGUUGGAAAAAGGCAGGUGUCCCAAUACUUUUGUCCGAUAUAGUGUAGGAAAUGAUGUGACUCUGGGAGGAAACCUGAAGUGGACGAGUGCGCUUUAUACAACAGUGCUGGAACGCAAACUUGGUGCUUUUCGGGUUCAUUUCAUGACAGCGUUUUGAUUCCACACGAUGUACAUGAAGGACCACAUCGACCUCGAGCUAUUGACUGCAGGUCCGACGGAGAAAAAAAACACAUAAUCCAUGCCAUAAUUCACAGCACAACGGACUUUUAUUUUUCACCAAGUGUUGUGUUUUUCUUUUCUACAUUUGUAAAACGACGGUUUUAUUUGUUUAAAUGUUCAGCAAUAAGGAGAAUUGUGGAUGUAGAUGAAGCACAUGUGCAGGAAGAAGAGUGCAUUUGCUGUCUUGAAUAAAUGAUGGAAUUAAAACGUG